AAACAUUCCUAACGUUACUUCCUCCGUUUCUUCCGAAGACGAAUAGCACAGCAGCCGGCCUUACAAUUUUCCAACUUUCAGUUUCAAUUUUCAGAAAAAGGAAAAACCCAUUUCUUACCAUUUCCCCCAAAAAAUGCCCGUUUCGGUUUUACCGGCCUAGCUUUCGACCUUGCCCAUCCUUGAAUCUUUCCCAAAACCCUAGAACGGAUACACCAGUAUCCAUUGCGAUGGCUACCACCACCACUACCAGUCUCGGAACCGCCGGCGAGGACCGAGUUUUGGCCACCGCGCAACAGAUCGUUAACAGCCUCAAUACUCCGAAGGAGGUUCGUGAGGACAUGCUCUUAAUUCUCUCCAGCUUUGACAAUCGGUUGUCGCACAUCACUGAUUUGGUCAAAGACGAGUCCAACACCGCCCAGGGACGCCUGGACGCCGCGGAGAAGGUCAUCCUUCGUUGGGAGACCUCCUCCUCUGGCUCCUCUCGCCACCACUCGCUCCCCUGGGAGGAGGCCCCGGAGGAAGUAGAUGAGUAUUUUUCGGCAAUCGACGAUAUACUGCAGUCCGUUGGGGAUUUGACGAUUAGGUCUGAUAACGAAAUUAUGGACCGGGCUGAGACUGCUAUUCAGAUGGCCAUGUCGAGGCUGGAGGAUGAGUUUCGCCACAUCUUGAUCAGCAAUACUGUACCUCUCGAUGCGGAAAGGCUGUACGGAUCGAUCCGGAGAGGUGAGCAGUUUUUUCCAUCGAUUGAUGAAGAAUUCGAGAGUUUUGGAGAGGUUGAUAGAGAGAGGGGAUGUUUUCAUGAGCGUGGACCGAGUUUGCGUGAUGAUGUGUGUGUUGAUUUGAUAAAUGCUGAUGCUUUGAUUGAUUUGAAGGAAAUUGCAGACCGAAUGAUCUGGUCUGGGUAUGAGAAGGAGUGUGUUCAGGUUUAUUGUAAUGUUAGGCGUGAUGCUUUGGAUGAGUGUUUGGUGAUUCUCGGAAUUGAGAAAUUGAGUAUUGAGGAGGUUCAGAAAAUUGAGUGGAAGGAUUUGGAUGAGAAAAUGAAGAAGUGGAUUCAAGCGGUCAAGAUUACUGUUAGGGUUCUUUUGAAUCGUGAGAGAAGGCUCUGUGAGCAGAUUUUCAAUGCUUCAGAUUCCGUUAAGGAGAUUUGUUUUAAUGAGACCGCAAAAGGGUGUCUUAUGCAGUUGUUGAAUUUUGGGGAGGCCGUGGCUAUUGGGCACAGGUCGUCUGAGAAGCUGUUCAGAAUUUUGGACAUGUAUGAUGCAGUUGCAGAUGCAUUGCCGGAGUUGCAGGAAAUGGUUACCGAUAAGCUUAUAUGUACUGAGGCAAAGGGAGUGUUGCAUGGAUUAGAGGAGGCAGCAAAAGGGACCCUUUUGGAGUUACAGAAUGCAGUGCAGAAUGAGCCCUCGAGAAGACCCAUGCAAAAUGGGGAGAUUCAUCCAGCCACUAGGUAUGUGAUGAACUACUUGAAGCUGCUUGUGGAUUAUAGCGAGACUCUAGAUUCAAUAUUAGAGACUGAUGAGGACGAAGCAGAUAGAUUUCAUGGUGAAGCAGGUGAUAAUCAUCGAUUGCAGAGUACAACUCCCUUUGCCAAACGGUUGUUCCUGGUGAUAUCCUCUUUGGAAUCAAAUCUAGAGGAGAAAUCAAAAGUGUAUGAUGACAAUGCAUUACAGUACAUAUUUUUAAUGAAUAAUAUUCUGUAUGUGGUUCAGAAAGUGAAGGAUUCUGAACUAGGGAAGCUCUUGGGAGAUAAUUGGGUUCGCAAGCGGCGUGGCCAGAUUCGCCAGUAUGCUACCAGUUAUCUGAGGGCUUCUUGGAGUAAGGCUCUUUCUUGUUUGAAGGAUGAAGGUAUUGGUGGGAGCACUGGUAAUGCCUCAAAGGUGGCUCUGAAGGAAAGAUUUAAGAGUUUCAAUGCAUGUUUUGAAGAAUUGUAUAGGAUUCAGACAGCUUGGAAAGUGCCGGAUUCUCAACUUCGUGAAGAGCUCCGAAUAUCCAUAUCAGAGAAAGUAAUUCCAGCUUACCGCUCCUUUAUGGGGAGGUUUGGUAGUCAGCUAGAGAGCGGAAGGCAUGCUGGAAAGUACAUUAAGUAUACACCAGAAGAUUUAGAAAGUUAUCUAUCAGAUUUCUUUGAAGGAUCCCCUCUUGUUCUUCACCACAUGAGAAGAAAGAGUACAUAGUAUAUAGUACUCAUGUAACAGGUAUGUUCCCUGUGCUCACCAAGGACUAGUUGGAUCAAAGGUUGCACCUAUCCUGAUGAUAUGUGUAUGUCUUAUCUAUUUAAUGUCAUAAACACAGGUUUUUGUGAAAGUCAACUGUCAAUUUCCUUUAUAUGGUGUAUCUUGUACAUGUUUUAUAGACAAUAUUUUCUCUAUGUGUGGAUUUGCCAAUCGCAUGGUUCAUGGAUUUUCCUUCGUAAAUACCAAAUGACCAAUUGACAUGGCAGUGGUAGUGGUAUUACUACUGCAAGCAUUAGUUGAUGGAUUUCAAACGUUGAGAUGCUCCAUAUUGUCGAGUGUAAAAAUUCUUGCUACAUGCAUGUGUAAAAAAAGGGUUUUGUCAAAUGUGGAUGAAGAUACUACAUGGAAUUUACUGAUGUUUUUUGCAACCUCUAUUCCAUUUCCUAAACUGCAAAAUCUGAUGUGUCGUUAGUUUAUACAUGUUGGCGUGGAUAUUGAGCCAAGUUGAUAUACUAACUAACAUUGUUGUUGUUCUUGUGAUGGUGCAGUUAGGAGAUUCUGUGCUUUGAAUUUUUUCUUUCUUUUUUCCUCUUUUUGGCAUCUGGGGGAGAGAAAACUAUCAUACUUCAAUUUUUUAAGGUGUAGUAGAACUUGGUAUAAAGAAAUGGGGGAGCA